UUUGGGUUUGGGGUUGGGGGGUUUGGGGGGCCCGGUUUGGGGGGCCCCGGUUUGGGGGUUGGGGGUUUUUUUGGGGGGGGUUUUGGGGGGGGUUUUGGGGGGGGUUUUGGGGGGGGUUUUCCUUUGGGGGGGUUUGGGGGCGGUUUGGGGGGUUUUGGGGGGGGCCUU